AGGCCGCUCCCCGCCGGCCGACAAGCGUUUCAACCAGCUAGCCUUGCAGCUAGCAGCUCCCUUGAAGGGCGGGGUCUGCAUCUCAGGGCAGCUGCAUGAGCCGGCCUCCCACGGAGCCACAGCGGGGGACUCAAGGGCCGCGCUUUGCCAACCCGGGUUCAGCAACCUGUGUAAACCCAACCAGCAUUUCCUCGAGCAAGCGACGCCCCCCGCGUUGACGCGUCUCGCUUCCUCGUCGGUGUCCACCGGGAGCGCCCGUCCGGCGUUCAUGGCGACGCGCGGCCUCCUCCGACCUCUUCGUAGCUCUACCGCGCCGGCGGCCGCAGGGAAGAGCGCCCUCUGGCGGGCACGUCCCGGAAUGGCGCUUCACCGCAGCCAGAAGCUGAACCUGCUGCGUCUUGCGGUCCUCCUGACGGUGGCGCUGGCUGGCAUCAAGUUCUUCUUCCGGGACAGCUUUACGCUGGACCAGCGCCGGGAAGUUAGCGGAGAGGGCCACUUCUGGGGCAGCGCUCUCGACGUGAAACAGACGGCCGGCGCCCAGGAGCGAUCCUUGGCGCACCCGGACCACAAGCCAGCGGCUGGAGCCUCCGGCCCGGAGCUGAGGAAGAUGCCCCGCCGGGACUUCAGCUCCACGCAGAUGCGGCUGGUUCAUCUGGACCUCAAAGGGGCAGCCCCCAAAGUAUCCUACCUGGAGCAGAUCUUCCCGCUUUUCUCCAAGAUGGGGGCCAACGGGGUCCUGAUUGAGUACGAAGACAUGUUUCCCUUCAAGGGAGAGCUGGAGAUCCUCAGAUCCCCCUAUGCUUACAGCGAAGAAGACAUCGUUAAGAUCCAAGAGCUGGCUGGACUCAAUAAGCUGGAAAUAAUCCCAUUAGUGCAGACCUUUGGGCACGUGGAGUUCAUCUUGAAGCAUGACAAGUACCGGCAUCUGCGCGAAGUGGAGCGUUUCCCCAACAGCUUCAACCCCCACCACCCAGAGACCCUGGCCCUCCUGAAGGCCCUGCUCACCCAGGUCCUCAGCAAGCACCUGCAUUCCAGCUGGGUACACAUUGGGGCUGAUGAGGUCUUUCACUUAGGGGAAGGGAUGGAUUCGAAGAACUGGAUGAGUCGCAACGGGGGCGAUAUGGGCAAGAUGUACCUGAACCACAUCCGGGAGGUGGUGCACUUCAUUGCCAGCCAGCCGUGGGGGCUGCAGGUGCUGCUCUGGGACGACAUGCUGCGAAAGGUGGGCGCCGCAGCCAUCCAAGAUUCCGGCAUUGCCAAACACGCUUCUCCCGUGCUGUGGUUUUACGCUCCAGACUUUGAUACGCAGCAAAUAGGAAGGUACAUCGAAAAAUACGCUGAGUGCGGCUUCCCAACCAUCUGGUUUGCAAGCGCCUUCAAAGGCACCACGGGCCCCGCCCAGGCCUGGACCCCCUUAAACACCCACCUGCAAAACCAUCUGCGGUGGCUGAAAGUCAUCCAAUCCAUGGAGAAGACACCAUCCAUCCAUUUCCAGGGCAUUGUGCUCACUGGGUGGCAAAGGUAUGACCACUACUCCGCUUUGUGUGAGCUGCUGCCUGUCGGGAUACCCUCGCUGGCCGUGUGCUUGCAGACCCUGGUGAAUGGAGGCUUCACCGACGCUGCCAAAAAGAAAGUCCUCUCCAUCCUUGGCUUCCAGAACCUGCACCUGGAAAAGAGCACGUGCGAAGGAACCGGAGCAUUUCCAGGCUCGGAUAUCUAUCGCAUGGUCGAGCAAGUUGAUGGCCAGCUGAAGGACUCGAUUGCCAAAGUCUUGGAGGAGGAGAGCUCCAUCAAGGGGUGGUUCAGCCCGUAUCACCGCAAGCAUCAGUUUGGCAACCCACGAAACAUGGAGAGCUUCGGCAGCAAAGUCCUCAAAGUCCACGAAGACUGGGAGAGCAUCAUCCAGACUCUGCGCUCGCAGAUGGAGAGCAUCUACUUCCCCGACACCGUGGAGGAAUGGAUGGAGGAAAACGUCAAUCCCCACAUGGACCGCCUGCGCGAAUUUGUCCGGGACUUCAAGGAAGUCAUCCGCCUCAAUGCCCGGCCCAAGACCCUCUAGGGAGGGGCCCCCUCCCAGGCACAAAGGGGGGGCCCAGCCAUGGUUCAGUCCAGGUUGGUUCUUUAAACUUGAGAGAACCUGAGGAUGGGGGGUCUCCCUUCCGGGACAGGGGUUGAGGCCUCUUCUGGCGCUGCGGAACUGGGCAACUGAAAUCUCUUUCCAG